AAACUUUUUCCAUUUGACAUUUAUCACUUGGUUUUAAUUCAAAUUAUUCGGGAGUUAUGUAGGAGGAUUUUCUGGAAAAAUACAAAUGGGGGAAGAAAUUUAAGCGUGUUAAGUUCUAUAGUGAAAAAUCUAAAUUAAAAUGGAACUUGUAUCGACUCCAAAUCCUCAUUAUAUUCCAGGGUAUACCGGUUACUGUCCCCAAUACAAAUAUCGCAUUGGUGAUACCUAUGGCACGACAACACACAAGGUGAUACUGGACCCAACUGUUCAUCAUGCUGAGAAACUAGUGUUAUCUGAUCGAACAGCUGAUGACUUCCAGGUCACAAGGCCCCCAAAAAAUGAAAUUGAUCUUGUUAAUGCUAGAUCGAGGUUUGGGGAUGUUGUCUACAAACAUCCAGUUAUUCCUGGAUAUGAGGGCUUUAUUCCAAGAGAACACGGUAAAUUUGGGCAGAGGCUAUCGGUGCAAGCCACUGAAGCACUUUCGGAUUUCGAAAAAUUGCAGAGCGCUGACAGGACGGCCUUGAACAAUUUGAAGCGCAUAGGAGCCUUGCAAGAUAACACAUGGGAUCCGAAGAAUUUAGAGGACAGAGAGUUGGCUCAGAGUCAGUUCCAGUUACCUCUGCUUGAAGUGAGGCCAGAAUGUGCUAAUAUACUACGGAACCUACCAGUAGAUGAGGCGCCUCUGAGUCCACCCAGGAGUUCACAGAGUCCCUAUUUUAUGGACAAUACUGAUCCCGGCAAAAAAUUAAUCAAAGGGUUCGCAGGCCAUGUACCUUUCGGAUAUGCCAAUUUUGGAAAAACGAACGAAGCCAUGACUAAUAGCGCUCUCUGCGACUUCACUUCAAACUAUCGCAAGAGAUUGAGUACAGAAUGGUCUCCGGUCAGCAUAAGUAGACCAGAUCCACCUUUACUGAUACAACCUUCGGAAAUUUAUCACAGACAUGUUGGACAACUACCAAAUUACUGUGGUCACAUACCAGGAGCUAUAUUCAGAUUUGGAAAAACCUAUGGAAACGACACAAGAGACGCUAAGCGUUGGCUUCGAGGAGAUUUCAGCUCUUGAAUCAAAUAACAGGAACAUAAAUCACUGUUCGCUUAUUUGCUUGACAUUGAGAUUACACAAUGAAAUUUCAAUUAAAAAACAUUUUAUUCAAUAUCAAAUAUAUAAAUAUCAGACAGG